AUGAUAAUCAAACGGAAGCUGAAAACUCGAAUGCCGAGUUUGAAACGAUGCAAUGAGGAGGAAGUCGACGGAGGAGCAGCUCGGAAGAAGAGAAAAGUAAACGAUUGCUAUUACCCUCUCAAUCUCCUCGGAGAGAUCGCUGCCGGGAUAGUUCCGGGGAAGCUCGACGGAUUAAAUGGAUUCUCUGCUUCGUGGUGCAAGGAAGCUCUGUCUUCUCCUUCUCCCGUUGAAGUGGAGGAACCGGAGUCAAAGUCAAAGAGAGUAACAGUCUCUGAUUCCGGCCGUGGAAGCGGAAGAGAUCGGACGGCGACGGCUGCUGAUGUUUCUCGGCCGCCGCUCGUGAGGACAUCGAGAGGACGUGUUCAGGUGCUUCCUUCUCGGUUUAACGACUCGGUUAUCGAGAAUUGGAGGAAAGAUGGUAAGAGCGAGGAGGAAGAAGAAGAGAUUAAAGAAGAUUGCAAAAAGGAGAAAGUCAAAGCUAAAUUCACUUCUAGGAAUCUUAAGUAUAGUAGUAAUGCAGGAUUGUGUGAAGACAGAGAUGACGAUGAUGAGGAGUGUGAAGAGAUUGUGAGAUAUAGUGACAUGAGGAAGCAUUUGAGUAGCUCACGCACUAUUACUAAUACGGUCGAAGAAGAGGCACGUCCGAAGAAAGAAGGUGUUUACGGGCCAGAGGAUUUUUAUUCCGGUGAUUUGGUUUGGGGGAAAUCCGGGAGGAGUGAGCCGUUUUGGCCGGCGAUUGUCAUCGAUCCAAUGACGCAAGCGCCGGAGCUUGUGCUGCGUUCUUGUAUACCUGAUGCAGCUUGUGUCAUGUUCUUUGGUCACUCUGGGACAGAGAAUGAAAGGGACUAUGCAUGGGUUAGGAGAGGCAUGAUCUUUCCGUUUGUGGAUUAUGUAGACAGGUUUCAAGAACAGUCGGAGCUGCGUGGAUGCAACCCCGGGGACUUUCAGAUGGCGCUUGAGGAGGCUCUUUUGGCAGACCAAGGGUUCACAGAGAAGCUCAUGCAGGAUAUUCACAUGGCGGCUGGUAACCAGACUUUUGAUGAUUCUGUCUACAGAUGGAUGCAAGAUGCUGCAGGAACGAGCCAGUAUCUUGAUUCCAGCCAGGACAUGUUGAAGAAAUACAGAAAUCCAAGAGCCUGUGUAGGGUGUGGAACGAUCCUUUCUUUUAAGAUGGCACAGAAAAUGAAAGCUCUGAUUCCUGGAGAUCAGUUAUUGUGUAAACCUUGUUCAAGGUUGACAAAACCAAAACAGGUGUGUGGUAUAUGCAAGAAGUUAUGGAAUCAUGCAGAUAGUCAGAGCUGGGUGGUGCAGUGUGAUGGUUGUAAAGUCUGGAUUCAUGCAGAGUGUGAUCAAAUAUCACAUAAGCAUUUUAAGGAUUUGGGUGGAGAAACAGAAUACUAUUGCCCCACGUGCAGAACAAAAUUCAACUUUGAGCUAUCAGAUUCAGAAAAACAAGACUCAAAAUCCAAACUUGGCAAAAACAAUGCUCCGAUGGUGCUUCCGGACAAGGUUAUUGUUGUAUGCUCCGGAGUAGAAGGCAUAUAUUUUCCAAGCCAUCAUUUAGUUGUAUGCAAGUGUGGAUCUUGUGGACCUGACAGGAAAGCACUUAGUGAAUGGGAAAGGCAUACUGGUUCAAAAGCAAAAAACUGGAGGACUAGUGUUAAAGUUAAAAGCUCCAAGCUGCCUCUAGAAGAAUGGAUGAUGAAAUUAGCAGAGUUCCACGCAAGUGCUACUGCUGGAAAGACUCCUAAACGACCUUCUAUAAAGCAGAGAAAGCAGAGGUUGCUUUCCUUUCUUAAAGAGAAGUAUGAGCCGGUCAAUGUGAAAUGGACAACGGAACGAUGUGCAGUUUGCAGAUGGGUUGAAGAUUGGGACUACAACAAGAUCAUUAUCUGCAACAGAUGUCAAAUAGCAGUUCAUCAGGAAUGCUAUGGGACAAGAAACGUUCGUGACUUCACAUCAUGGGUCUGCAAAGCCUGCGAGACACCUGAGAUCAAACGAGAGUGUUGCCUCUGUCCUGUAAAAGGAGGUGCAUUGAAGCCAACUGAUGUGGAGACACUGUGGGUUCACGUGACAUGUGCUUGGUUUCAGCCUGAAGUAUGCUUUGCAAGUGAUGAAAAAAUGGAACCAGCUUUGGGAAUUUUGAGUAUUCCAUCAAGUAAUUUUGUGAAGAUUUGUGUGAUAUGCAAGCAAAUACAUGGAUCAUGCACUCAGUGUUGCAAGUGUUCUACGUAUUAUCAUGCCAUGUGUGCUUCCCGAGCUGGGUAUAGAAUGGAGUUGCACUGCCUGGAGAAAAAUGGUCGACAGAUAACGAAGAUGGUGUCGUAUUGUGCUUAUCACAGGGCUCCGAAUCCAGACACCGUGUUAAUUAUACAAACGCCUUCAGGGGUCUUCUCUGCCAAAAGUCUUGUUCAGAACAAGAAGAGAACGGGUUCGAGGCUUAUCUUAGCAAACAGAGAAGAUGUGGAAGAGUCCCCUGCAGAGGAUACCGUACCAGUUGAUCCAUUUUCUUCUGCUCGUUCUCGUGUAUUUAAAAGAAAGGUUAAUAGCAAGAAGAGAACUGAAGAAGAAGGUAUUCCUCACUACAAAGGAGGACCACGUCAUCAUCCUUUAGCAGCGAUCCAAACUCUGAACGCAUUCAGGCAUGUGGCAGAGGAACCCAAAUCAUUUUCCUCGUUCAGGGAGCGGCUUCACCACUUGCAGAGGACAGAAAUGGAUCGGGUCUGCUUCGGUCGAUCUGGGAUACAUGGAUGGGGCCUUUUCGCGAGAAGGAACAUUCAAGAAGGAGAAAUGGUUCUUGAAUACCGCGGGGAACAAGUGAGAGGAAUCAUUGCGGACUUGAGGGAAGCAAGAUAUCGUAGGGAAGGGAAGGAUUGCUAUCUGUUCAAGAUCAGUGAGGAAGUAGUGGUGGAUGCUACAGAGAAAGGGAAUAUCGCUCGACUGAUCAACCAUUCGUGUAUGCCAAAUUGCUAUGCAAGGAUUAUGAGUGUAGGAGAUGAUGAAAGUCGGAUUGUUCUGAUUGCCAAGACCACCGUACCUGCUGGCGAGGAGUUAACAUAUGAUUACUUGUUUGAUCCAGAUGAGCCAGAUGAAUUCAAGGUGCCGUGUCUAUGUAAAUCCCUAAACUGCAGGAAGUUCAUGAAUUAG